GUCUCCCCAGGUGUUUCUUGUUUCCUUGUUAUCUUGUUAAGCCUGUUUGCCCCUCGGUGCGUUCCAAACGGGAUAUAUCACCCUCCGAAGGGCACUUCGGAGUGAAAAUAAUCAUGGCCGCCAUGUUGAAGGGUCGUUCCAAACCGAAGUGCUCAAAACUGGCCACUUCAAAGGGCCCUUUGGAAUGAAGGAUUUCGAAGGGAACAACUGAUGGACACUUCGGUCCCCCAUGAUCCUUUGCAGUUGUUAGGCGUUUUGAAGUUGUAUGGCGGCACAAUGUCUACAGGAAGCAAUGUCUACUCGGACUUGGAUUUUGUCCAUAAAUGGUCUACAGAGGAGACCAAGCUCUUCAUUAUACUCCGUGCUGAGAAUGAGCAUCUCUUCACGGGCAAAAGAAAUGCAUCGAAACAAGCCUGGGCAACUGUAAUUAAAGAAAUUAAUUUGGAGGGGAAGAUUACUGGCCAGCAAGCCGCAAAGAAAUGGGAAAAUUUGAAGGAGUACAAGGAGCUUAAGUGUCCACCAACGGGCACAGAGACGGAGUCCGGAGAGGCCACUGCUGCAUCUUGGCCUUUCUUCAUUCCGAUGGAUGAAGCAAUAGGUGGAAGGCCAUCUAUUGCACCUCCUGUUCUUAUUGCUUCAUCUACUCAGGAUGAAGUUGCAGGCCCUUCAACUGAGACCUCACCUCCAGCUGUCAGGAAGAAGAGAAAGAGUAAAGGAUGUGUUUUAGACUUCCUUGUGGCCAAGGCAGCCAGAGAGGAAGAAAGAGAAAAAGCUGCUGCUGAAAGAAGUGAGAGGUUUCUUUCUUUGUUUGAAAAACUUGUAAAUAAAAUGUAA